UUCUCCUUUCUUGUUUCAUCUUAUUGCAGGUGCGGACCCUAUUUGUUAGCGGCCUACCUAUGGAUGCCAAGCCUAGGGAACUCUACCUCUUGUUCAGAGCCUAUCAGGGUUAUGAAGGCUCAUUACUGAAAGUAACCAGUAAACCCGGAAAGAACCAAUCGCCUGUGGGCUUCGUCACAUUUGAAUCGCGUGCAGGUGCAGAAGCGGCAAAACAGGCACUCCAGGGAGUGCGUUUUGAUCCAGAGCUGCCGCAGACGAUACGGCUGGAGUUUGCCAAAUCCAACACCAAAGUGACCAAACCUAAACAGACAUCGCCUUUACCUGCCAUUAACCCAGUGGUGGGACCACCUCUAACACCCAGAGAUCCUUAUGAUCUGGGAACAGUUUUUCUACCUGGUGCACCUGAGCAGUGGGCACAUCACCCAUCAUUGUACACAGAUGGCGGGGUACACCACCCUGCAUUGGGUAACCACAGAAUAGGAUUAUCGUACACAGAUUUAACGGCUUCGACUGGAGGGGUGCAUCACCCUGUGUUGGGCCAACCAGCCAUCCAUGCACAGCUACCCGUUACUGAUGGGGCUAGACUUGCUUAUGUCCUGCCUCACCACACCCCCCAGGCCGUCGCACAUACCCCCACGCAACACACACCCCUCCCCCACCAACAAACCAUCCCUAUCAGUAUGGCCAAUGCAGCCACUAUGGUAGCCAUGGCUAACUCAGGGGCCGCCUGCUCAACGCUAUUUUUGGCCAACCUUGGGACUAACACAUCCGAGCAGGAAUUACGCGACACACUCAGGUGCCUCCCAGGUUUUAACCGACUACGCAUGCACAACAAAGGAGGUGCGCCAUGCUGUUUUGUGGAAUUCCAGAACGUAGGGUUUGCUAUGCAAGCCCUGGCCCACCUUCAGGGGCUGAUGCUGAAGUCAAGUGACCGUGGUGGCCUUCGUGUAGAGUUUGCCAAGGCCAAUAUGGGUGAGCCCAAGAGAAUAGAAAUGACUACCCAUCAGCUCUAUCCAUCAAUGCAACCCCAGUUGGUAUUCCAGUGAUGCAGUUGCCAUGGUAACCAUAAAAAACCCUCUAAAUCAUACGGUGCAUGUAAGAGAGAGUGAGAGCGAGAGAGAGAUAAUCAUUCUAGCCUAGCAAUUCUAUAUUAUGUGUAUAUUAUGUUUAUUUAAGGAAAAGAGAGAAGACCAAUUUAAUUAUUGUUUAUAAGAUAUCUUGUUUCCUUCAGAUCUUUAUAUUUUGAAGAAAAAAUGGAUUGUAAUCAUGAGUAUAUAAUUGGUGAAAAAUCAAAUUCCCAGUGUUUGUGUAUAUUGUACUGUUAUGUGAUUGUAGAUUUUGGAUAAUUAUUAGAGAAUUCUAGAAAUUCUAUUGAGUGCAGUUAUUUACUUUCUUUGUAGUAUAUAUAUAUUGAGUAGUCAAAUUAUGUUUCAAUGAAAUAAGUUGUUUGAAUUGUGUCAUAAACUUGUAGUGAUUUUUUUUUAUUUCAUUAAUCAAACACAAAAUUAUGAAAUCUAAAAGAGAAUGAAAUUUUGAAAUCUAGAUGAAAAAUUACUUUCAUAUUUAUUGAUUGUAUCUUUAUUUAUCCUUUUUGGUGUAAUAUUAGAUUUUUUAAAAAUCUCCUGGAUAUGUUGUUUAUUUUCAUAUAUCGACCAGUACUUGCAAAUUGCAGAUACAUUUUUGAAAACCUCAGUGUGUGCUUGGGUGUGAUAUUUUAGAAAGAAUCUUUUAAGGCACAAAAUUACACCACUUUAGUCUAAGUUGCUCACUAAUCACUUCUUUGUUAAUCACCUUCAAAUUAUUAAAAACUGUACCUGCACUAACAAAAUUUCCCAUUCCAGUACCUGAAAAUUUCCAAUGUUUUUUGUGCACUUCUCAAAUAUGUACUACAAUCACUGAGAGCACAAGUUUAGUAUUUUGGUCAUUUCUUUGCACAAGAUCUUUGGCACUAAGUUGGCAAUGCUUGAAUACCCUAAGAAAUGGAAGUGAUGAUUGUUUCAAAGUGUGAAGCUGCUAUAGCAACAUUGAAAUUGAAUUUCUGCAUUGUUUUUUUGCUGUAAAAUCAAGGUCUUAUACACGUUUUAUCACUUCAAUAUUUUAUACUUUUGAAAUGGGUUUUACACAUUUUCAUGAGAAAGCAGCUUCAUAUAUUCAGAAAAAAAGUCCACCAUGACAAAAGACAAUUUUCAUGGAGAAUGGCAAUGAAUAGUUAAAUAUGUUGACUGAAUUAUUCAGUUUAAUUAUAUUUAGCAUUAUUUCUAUAUGCAAAGAAAAAUGUGUCUUCGGUUAUUUUCUCAAUAAAAAUGUGAACAUCUAUUUCAAAGUACAUUUUACCAAAUCUGCACAUAUUUCACAUGCCUCUAGUCAAUUAAUGCACAGGUCUUAUCUUUAUGAGAGCUACACAUUAAUGUUCACACCAUCUAUAUGAUUAUUAACACCAAAUCACUUGGGCACCUAGAGUGGACAUACAAAUGUCCAUGCAGAUGUUAAUGCACCAACUGUCCUUAUUCACCGCAGCCAGAUUAGUGUAGCAGCCAACAGACUUGCCUAGAGAGAAAACAAUCUGGCUUAAGUUAUUUUAUGUAGAGAUACUUUAUCAUUAUAAACCAUGGUGCAAGUUUUUUGCUACGAAUUGUAAAGAAACUUUAAUUUUUGAUGUGAGCAGAGAAAGUCAAGUGACCUAUAUACUUUUUAUUUGAAAGAGAUAAAAAUGUUCUACCAUCCAUACUUGUAAACCAGAAAGUGCUAGAUUGUAAAGGUUUUUUGUUUUUCAGAUGACAUGAGCUGAUGUAAUAAUGUUUUUGUUACGAUAUAACUGGUCUUGUUCUGUACAUAUUGAACUAUGAAUCUUGUGUUGAUAUCUGAAACAGCAGGGUAAGUUAACUGAGACAGAGGUCUUUUUAUUAGGAUUAUAGUAUUAUUUCUGGUGAAUCCAUUAAUGUCUUUUUCCUUUGCUAAAAAUAGCUUAGUUUCCUUUCACAACAAACCAACCAAAGAUAGUUUUUUGUUUAAGAUUGUUAGAGGCUGCCAUGGGUGUUUUUAUAAAGCCUUGUCAAUUAAGAUUCUUACAUUAUAGUAUACCUUUAGAGUUAUUUUGAAUCAUGAAAGAAAAUUCUGUGUUCAUUUCUAGGUUUCAUUCUAAACUAGACCAGAUAGGUGAAUUGAAUGAUAAUUCCUUUCUGUAGAUUUUAAACCUUGGGUACAGAUUUACCACCCGAGGUACACCAUAUUUAAAUGAAUUUGUUGGACUAGGUGAAGAAUGAUGAUGAAGAUGAUAUGUUAUUUUCUCUGUUUUGUACUAUUUUAAAGUCCAUGUAACCCAGUAUCUCAAGAUCAUUCCUUACUCAUCACAUUGGAUGAAAUAUCUAUGAUGCGCAUGAUAUCGUCUGUAAUGCAAUUAUGCAUUUUAAUUUUAUCAUUAUGAAAUAGCGAAAUUAAAAAAAGAAAAGACCCCCAAGGAUAACUAUGCUUUUAGAAGGGGGAAAUGGGUUUUAUUGGUAGAUUUUCCUCACUCUCGGUGCAGAUAUGGGCAUAAGUUACCCAUGAUUUAUCAAUUGUAAAGUGUCUAAGUCCAGUUCGAAAAAGAUUCGAAAGAAAUGGACUCUUUUUAUCUGAAAGGUGAUAGAAUUAUGGUAAUAUCUUUCCAACACAUAGAUAUGUAUCAGUUCAAAUGCUGCUGAAGGUUGCAAAGCUUCUUGAAUAAAUUAUUUUCUUUUCGUUCAGUAGACAAACAAGUUUAACACAUUUACCUUGAGUAUCAAGCCAAACUCGCUUUGUUUGGUUUAAGAAGUGCCUGUUUUGGAUAAAAAAAGACAUGAUGACUAUUGUCUGUACAUAUGGUAUAUAUAAUUAUCAUGAUAAUCGUAAGUGUUUAGUAUGUAUCGUAACUUGGUCAUAAUUUAUACAUUUUAGUGAUAACCUUAAAGUGUUCAAUGUGUGGAAAUGCUUUUCAAUUCUUUAUCAUUUUGGUAUGAAUUUUUAGUAUCCCUUCUCUUUGUCCCGAUUUCCCCCCAUUUUGAAAGACUUACAAAACAAUCAGGUGGAUGUGAAUAAUUCUUGAGAUAUUUUUUUAUAAGUGCAUUCUGAUUGAGAAAUUUUAUGAUUACGAGUAGAAGGUGGGAAGUCACAAACUAGUGCUGCAUAAGUAUCGGCUAGUUUGAUCUAUUCAUUUCUAGAAUUUGUCAUUUUAAUGAUUAUCCAUCUUCACAUAGAAAUACAGAAGGUCCUGCCAUUCUUACAGGCUUCUCUAUUUGCAGAGUUUCUUGUUUAAUUGAAUCAGUGUGAUACCAAUGGAUGAGAUAAGGUAGUCAGGAAUACUCAAAUGAAAGAUGAAAUUACGAUUGAAAAAUCUGAGUGUCCAUCGGACUGAUGGUCCUCCACUUUUGUAUCUCAAUCUCAAUCUAUGCUAAACUUUCUACUUGUAUUUUCUAUGGGAAACUGCAUUUUUACAUUAUGUGAAUGGAUAAAGACAUUAUAAUGGAGUGGAGAGGUAUUUCAAGGGAUGAGAAGUGACGAGUUCCUGUAUUGGGCAACCUGGCCUUCAGGAAAUAUGGCAUCAAGUGUCUUUUUACCCUUAGAAUGAGAAAUUUAAGACUUAUGAUUUUCUUCAAGCCUUGAAAUAUUUUAGUGACUUCAAUGCAGAGCAGUACCACCUUCAUAUAGUUUCAGUGAACUACUAUGGAGGUACUAGGCAUUUUGGCUUGAGAUUGGACAAUAUGUUCUAUUGUUUUUCCUAAGUAUUUAUGGUUGGUUUAUACCGUGUCCUAAAUGGAAUUUUCCAUUGGAAUUUCAUUAAAUUUUGUCAAAAAGAUUCA